AUGGAACGGCCACUGGAGACAUUCUGUUCUGAGGAGCGGCCAGUGGCACGAUGGAGCAGGGCCAGGGACCGCUUACACUUGAGAUGGACCAUGGAACAGCACAUCCCAGAGGUGGAAGUCCAAGUCAAACGUAGAAGGACAGCCUCGCUACGCAACCAGGCGUGUCGCCUGUACCCGAGGUGGUCUCAGCAGCAGCAGCAAGUACCUGCGGUGGAAUUCCAUGUGGAACUGAGGCAGGCAUUCUUAGCUGAGACGCCAAGAGGUGGUUAA